AUGGGGAUAGUGGAAAAGAAGGAAGGGGGGAUAGAGAGAAAUCGGACUUUAUUUAAUUCAGAGGGAAGUUGUGAGGGUGCAAAGUGUGCCAAAGAAGCCAGCAUGCACACAAAGCAAGAAUCAGAGGAAAGUCUUUCCGGAGAGAAACUGACUGAAGCUGCAGCUAGAGGUCGGACUGAGGUGGUAACCGAGCUCCUGGAAUUAGGGACUAACCCGAAUGCCGUUAACCGCUUCGGCAGAAGCGCCAUUCAGGUCAUGAUGAUGGGCAGUGUGCGCCUGGCAGCGAUCCUGCUGCAGUAUGGAGCAGAACCCAACACCCCAGACCCGACGACCCUCACUCUUCCAGUCCACGACGCUGCCCGGGAGGGUUUCCUGGAUACUCUGAUGCUGCUCCACCGGGCAGGGGCACGGUUGGAUGUCAGGGACUCCCUGGGUCGCCUCCCUGUGGACCUAGCCGAGGAAGAGGGACACCACCUCGUGGUCACAUACCUGCGCGAGGUGGUGAGGGACGACUGAAUUCGGCGGUCCAGAAGGUCGAAUAGGAUCUUCCAGAUUACGGUGUACUCCAUAAACUUAGAAGGCUUGCUAAAAAGCUGGAAGAUUGAAAAUUUGCAAUGAGCUGCCUGCGCUCCGUC